CCCAUCAAAGUCACCAACUGUCAAAUUUUGUCAUGCCCAUUAAUCACUCCCAAAUCAAGCGAUCCCCCCACGACUCAUCACCCCCUAAAAACUUGUGAUUGAACAAUCAUCCUCACGCUAUCCUCUCACGAUGGCAUCAGUUCUGUCGCCGUCCCCUUGUGAAAACCCGAUUAUAACCUAAAACAAUUCCCCAACUGCUAAAAACAGAAGGGAUCACACAAUGGACCCCCAAAAACACUGAAAAACAUCUCCAAAUAACUAGCCUCCUUCACCAAAUCGUCAUGAAGCUGUUCAAGUUGAUUGUCCACCAGAAGAACUUCAGUGAUGCAGACCUCAUAAUAAACCCCAAGGACUGCCCGGGGAUCAAACCCGGGGAUGUCGUGGAGAUCUAUCAUCCCGAAGAUGAGUUCAGUCGUCUCCUGCUUCAAGUCACCGUCAUCAAAGAGGACUUGCAAGGUAGAGAGACGAUCAGUGUUGAGAACAACGUGGCGACAAUGUUCCAACUCCGCACCUUCGCGGACGUCUACAUGAACAUAGUGAACCCGGACGACGUCGCCCUGGACUCGAUAGAGCUCACCUUCAAGGACCAGUACAUGGGUAGAAGUGAGAUGUGGCGUCUCAAAAACUCCCUCGUCAACACCUGCGUCUACAUGAACAAGAAGAUCGAGUUCUGUCAGUCCAGCAUCAGAUGUCAAGUCUACGAGAUGUGGUCCCAGGGGGACAGAGUGGCCUGUGGAGUCAUCACUGAUGACACCAAAGUCGUCUUCAGGUCUUCCACAAGCAUGGUCUACCUCUUCAUUCAGAUGAGCUGUGAGAUGUGGGACUUUGACAUUCAUGGAGAUCUCUACUUCGAAAAAGCUGUCAACGGAUUUCUGGCUGAUCUCUUUCAAAAGUGGAAGAAAAACGGCAGCAAUCCUGAGGUGACAAUAGUCCUCUUCUCGAGGACCUUCUACAACGCCAACACCUUAGAGGAGUUCCCGAAUGACAUGAGGAAGUGCCUCCAGCAGGACUACAGGGGUCGUUUCUACGAGGACUUCUACAGAGUUGCUGUGCAGAAUGAGAGGUACGAGGACUGGAGCAACGUUCUGGUGCAGCUGCGCAAGUUGUUCACUGACUAUCAAAAAAUUGUUCUUGAGUACCAUCAGAAGGAGGGAGUCCUGGUCCCAGAGGCCACGAACUCUACGGCAGCUCAGGGGAACUUCCUAGAGGUCCUUAAUAUGUCGCUUAAUGUUUUUGAGAAGCACUACUUGGACAGGAGUUUCGAUAGAACUGGGCAGCUCUCAGUGGUCAUCACCCCUGGGGUGGGGGUUUUCGAGGUCGAUCGCGAGCUGACGAACGUCACCAAGCAAAGGAUCAUCGAUAAUGGAGUGGGCAGUGACCUGGUGUGCGUGGGCGAGCAGCCCCUCCACGCAGUGCCUCUCCUAAAAUUCCACAACAAGGACACUUCCGUCAAGGUUCCUGACGACUACAGCAUGCCCCACUGGAUCAAUCUCAGUUUUUACUCCACCAACAAAAAGAUUCCGUAUUCAACAUUCAUUCCGAGAAUUAAACUACCGCAGAAGGUUUUCAAACAGCCUGUGGAGAAUGGCAAGAUGAUCUGCAAGGGAAAGCUCAUCCAGGAAGACCCCAGGGAGUGCCUGCACAAUACUCUCUUCGAUUAUGACGCCUACGACGCACAAGUGUUUCAAUUACCCACGAUUCACACCUCCAAGGUCUCCACGAGGAUGAAGAAGACGAGUGUCACCUGCAUCGAGACCCAUAAUAAUGGUCAUCUGCUCAAGCUGCUGAAGAGGAAGAUGUCUGAUCCUGACAUUCAUCAUCCAACGAGUGAAGUGCAUCUGCCAGCGACCACAAGGAGUGCUGCCAUCUCCAUUCCUUACAGGAGUGACGAGCCCAGGGAGGCGAAUGGGGAGGCCACGGGGGUCAAGAGCUCCAUGAAGAGUGAGUUCGGGGACUCGGAGAUCUCGCCACCUUUCAGGCCUGUCGUGGGGAGUGCUGGCAGCCCCAAUAACUCGGUUAUACCUCCGACGAGCUUGCACAGGCCUGGAAGGGCCCUCAUCAACCCCUUCGAUCCUUCACAUGUUACUAUCAAGUUGACGAGCAAUAGGAGGAGGUGGACUCAUAUUUUUCCUAAGGGACCAACAGGUGUUCUCAUUCAACAGCACCACUACCAGGCGAUCCCGGCGCAAGCUCGCUCAGACAAGCCAACCGACACGAGUUCAGCCGUGAGUUCAUCCCCCGUGGAGUACGCUCUCACCUCCUCAUCCCUCGCCAUCCACGGUAGCAUUUCGCGUUCAGCCUCUCAAAUAGGAUUCCAAGACCAUGCUAAAGGAAAAAAUCAACGGGCAGCCGAUAAAAAUGGCCAGAGCGGUUUGCCAGCCGUUAAUAAGAGUUUGACACUAUUGUGGGGUGCCACUGGUGAACAAGAGUGGACUCCAGCGCUCACCACAGCGAUCAUAGGGGUCGACUGGAAAUCGCUGACCAUUCCAGCGUGUUUACCCAUCACCACUGAUUACUUCCCCGAUAAGAGGAGUCUGCAGAACGAUUACGUCGUUUCGGAUUACAAUCUGCUGCCUGAUGAUGUUAAUGCGGAUUUUGCACAGCAACGAGCUAUUUAUAAGAAACCUUUGACUACUGCUGAGGUUUUUCGAGAGUUAGUUUCGCAGAGAUUGGCUCAGGGUUUUCAAUUGAUUUUAUUAUCAACAAACGACAAGAAUAAAUCAACUACAUCUGGGAAUGGAGUGAGUUCUGUAAUUCGAGGAAGACAGCCUGAGUCAGAACCGAAGGAGGAGUACCUGCUUAGUAUCGGAAGAAUAUUUCACAAAAUAUCGUUGUACGGUAAUUGCAUCACUGUCACGAGAUACCGACCAAGACAUCCAUAUCCACCCUUCAACAUUCACUACCGAUAUCGGUUUCACGCGCCACAUCAUGAGACGUACGAGGUGUCGUGGGUAUCGUUCACAACAGAAAAACUCGAGAAUUACAACUGGAAUUAUCUGGACCACUACAUUUGCACUAGAGGAGAUACCGAUUUUGCUCUAGUCGAGGCCCUCAAAUACUGGAGAUUUAGGAUGUUUAUGCUACCCCUCCACAACACCGCAACCAAAAAGAUCCUUGAAGGAUCCCUAAGAUGUGAUAUCUACAACUCCCUCAGUGCCACCGAGCAGAGCCAACUGACCGACGGUUUUCUGCGUUUCAUCGAAGGCUGGCUCAACAAAAUUCGUCGACCGAAUCCCAACAAAAAUUGGAGCCCCACGGCUCUGGUCGGAUUACCUCCGAGAGAUCCUGCCUCACACCUGACCAGGCGAAGGCACAGCACGAGCCUGAUAUUCCUCACUAACCAGACAAGUCUAGUCGGAAGUUCGCCGUUUAGGGAGCGUCUGGGAAGCAACAGACUGCCGGAAAAGCCGAGACCAAGAUCUGGAUCGAAAGUCAUGGAUCGGGGGAGAGUGUCUCCAGCGAGUGAAGCUGUGUUGCCUCUUGCCUUGGAACAGCCGCAGCAGGAUCACUUCGAGACUAACGAAGAGAACGCAAACACUGAAGUACCAAAACUGAAGAGUACAGCCUCCCUCUCCGAGAUUCUAGAAUCCAUGAAGUCCUCCCAAACCGGAGUAGGCUUUCUCACCCAGCACCCAUCGCUCCCCAGCCAAACGUUCGUGAGCGCCGAUGCAGUCCAGUGGCUGAACAAUCACCUAGAGGGUGGUGUCACCAUAAAGAAAGCCAUGAAAAUAAUGCAGAGCAUGAUCUCCGAGAGACUGAUCUGCCACGCCUCAGGGGACUUCUCCAAGCCCUUCAUCUUGGGUUUCUACCUCUACCACAUAGUCCAGGAUAAAGAGAGUCAGAAGGCGCCCGAUUACUCUCCCCCAUUGGGUGACCUCCAGAGUUUUGAGAACGAGUGGGUGGAGAUUGAGAUGAAGGCGCCCAAGGGCUGGUGCAAUCCAUCAAACUCCUCAACAUCCUUGUCUACUGUUUCCUCUCCCAUUCCCAUCAACACUUGUGAUACCAUCGACGAGAGCAACAUCCCAACGUUCCUUCGAGAUGAACUGGAGUUCAAUGGAGUGGACGAUAAGGACUGGAGAGGACCUCCCUACAAGCACACACACCUGGACAUUGAUCUGAACAACAAGAGUGACAGGAUCGAGUGGGGACACCUGAGAUAUCAAUCGAUAUUCAAAGCUGAUCAUGCUUAUGAGCUUGUGGUGCAGUGGGUGGCGUCAUCAGGGAGCAUCGUGGGAGACCUAGUGCUCCUGUGGCAGCGAAAGGCCCAGAUGUGUGGGAUACAACUGGUCCCGAUUCCCAGUGACCUGCUGGCCCUUCCCUUCACCCACAAAAGCGACCCUCUGAGGGGUCCAAUCUUCAUUCCCUUGAACACCGAGUGCCUCAUGGCGAACAAACGAUAUCUCUUUGAAGAGUUCAGGGAGGACACUUAUGCCCAGAGGCUCUUCCUGUUUCAAGAAGCCAUUCUCCAGAGAUUUGGGUUUGUUCCCUGUCAAGUGGAGAGCAACGAGAAUGAUCAUCAGUAUGUUCAUCUCACUGGUAACUCGUUCAUCCUGGUGCCUUCCACCAUGUGCCCAAGACCGAGACAGAGGACUGGGACGAACAUCGUGAGGAGGAACAAUCAGAAACGAUAUCCUGUUCAUCCUGAUCAACCCAGUCCUCAUGAGGCCUACAUCACAAGGCAUGUCAGUGGCAAGAGCAAUGAUUUCAGCAUGGACAGGCCCAUCGGCUUCCUCUGGUCGUGGAAUCAUAUGAUCAGCAGGAAGUGGAAGUCGCUGUCGCCUUCAACGGGGGAUGAAUUGUUUCAUAAGAAAAUUAUUCAGGAUUUCAAGCACUUUUGCUCGAAUGGAGACAAUCGGCUGAGCCUCUUCUGGGAGUCUUGUUGGGAGAUGAAGGAAAAAACUUGUACCAAAACUGAUGAUAAUUAUGUUAAAUGAAUUUUAACAUUUUGCAGGAUAUGUGAGUAAGCUGGUCUGAAAUGUAAAUAAUGGAUUUUUUAUUUUUGUUGAUUCAAUGGUUCUUGGGGAAAAGUGAGUUUUGUUGUGUAACCACUUGGAUUAUUAAUACAUUUUACAAAUUAUA